AUGCAAGUGAAUUAUAUUUUGUGUUCUGGGCUGCUUUUUAUCAUUCCGCAUUUGGUCGUUGUUGAAAGCAAACCACCUCGUUCCACCACGGCCUGCUGUCAUAAAGAAACCCUAUCCAGAGUGAUUGACAUCCUCUUCAUCAAGGCCAUGGGAUUCAAAGCAUCUGUACCAGCAGACAGCAUCAAAAACACAAAGCUGCUAAAAAAGAAAACCAAAAGUCUGUUCAUGAAAAGCUGCCAAUUUCGAGAGCAACUGCUUUCGUUUUUCAUGGAAGACGUUCUUGGGCACCUUCCGUUUCCAUCAAACAAAGAGAUGGGCUUCAUUGAGGACUUUCGUAGCUUUGGAAAGAAACUGAAUUACUGUUUUCCGUGUGCUCCAAAUACUGGGGAGAUGAAGCCCAUUACCAGGAUUAAGACACUAUUUUACAAGAUUGGAAACAAGGGAGUCUUCAAAGCCAUCAGUGAACUUGAUAUCCUUUUUCCCUGGAUAAAAAAUUACCUAGAUGGCAUUAAAUAA